ACAAGAUGACUCGUUUAUUUUGCGACCGCACCGGCUCAAAUUCUCUCUGGCUAAAGCUACAUCCAUAGACAGAAAAAUAUUGAUCAUAGUGUGAAAAAUACCAGAAGUGAUGCUGUUUGGGGAAUCUUCCGCUCAACGCUUCAAAAUGUAAUUCAGCCACCAGACGCCUCGGAAAACAGCAACCCCAGUUUGCUUUGAAUCACCACGAGUUUUGUUGCAUACUAAAGAGGGAAUCUGGAAAUUCCGUUAGCAUUCCUGAGCUCCUUCACUAAAGCCGGUCUGGGGGCUGGAAGCAGGUCCCACUGUGUAUCCCCCACUUGUCACUCCUGUGCACCACACUGGGCUCUAGUAGCCCCUCCAUGCCUGUGAUCCCCAUCCCACGCAGGGUGCGCAGCUUCCAUGGCCCCCACACCACCUGCAUGCACUCUGCCUGCGGCUCGGCGCACACCACCAAGCUGGUGCGCACCAAGUACAACAACUUUGACCUUUACCUGCGCUCCCGGUGCAUGUACAGCUUCCUGCGCUUCUUGCUGUACUUUGGCUGCAGUCUGCUGACCUCCCUUCUUUGGGUGCUCCUCUCUGCCCUCUUCUUCCUGCAGUACGUCAGUGUGCGCGUCCUCCUUCGGCUGCAGUACAAGCUUUCCGUCAUCCUACUUCUGCUCGGACACCGGCGCCUGGACUUUGGCGUGCUCAACGAUCUGAUUAUCUACAGCAUGCACAUCACCAUGUUUCUGGUGGGGGGACUGGGCUGGUGCUUUAUGGUGUUUGUGGACAUGUAGCUACUCAACUGCUGAGAAUGUUGAAAAGACUGAAAGGGAGCAAUGAGGAAGCAUCACACGGCAACUUGAGCAUCAUGUGGUGCAAGACGGGAAAGUACCGGUGACUUUUUUUGCGAGAUGCAACUGUUGCUCAGCGCUCUAAGAUUUGUCGUCCUUAAAAAAGAAAAUUAUGUCUUGCUAGACACUUGAUCCAUUCAACACCAAGUCACAUCACUAUUUCGUCUUUAUAAACAAAACGUCAGGUUUCUGUGUACUUGAUCAUUGCCUACUGGUUUAUUUCCGUUGCUUGUUAAAUGUUUUGAAAAAUUGUGGAAAUAAAUUACCAUAAAAUUGC